ACACAGAAGAGAAGGAGAGAAAAAAAAAAGAGUAGAGGAAUUCACAGUCACUUUUUGCGAAGAGAUUUAACUGGAGUUGCAUGGAGCCCAUCAGACUGGAGAAUGAAGAUCUCUGCAGUGGUAACAGCUCUCCUGACUAACAUCUUUUUUGGAAAUGUGUGCUCGGCUAUCAACGUCACAGUCACUCCCUCUCCGUUCACGGUGGUGGCUGAGGGGGAAAACAUCACCUUGUCCUGUCAGGUGAGCCAGCGACGCCGGUCGGCGAGUCUGCCUGUGGUGCGCUGGAUGUUUCAGCCGGAGUCGGGAGGAGAGGAGCUGCUGGUCGCGCGGGUGAACAUGCAGAGAGCCAAGUUUUACGGAAACUACACCAAGAGCUUCCGCAAGCCCAAAAUGAAACUGACGGUGGUGAAACACGGCAAGAUAUACAACCUCCUCAUCGUGAACAUCAGCGAACAGGACCGGGGUCUUUACAGCUGCAGGGUGCAGGAGUUUAAGAAGCAUCAGGAACGAUGGAAAGCUUUGACCAACAGCUCGGCCUCGACGCAGCUCAGAGUCCAUGUUCUCCCAGCCGGCAGACCAAAAGAGGAACUGUGGAGUCUGUUUGAAGAUGUGUAUCUGUGUGCUGUGCUGGUGUGUUGUGUUGGGCUCUUGUGCAUGUGCAUGUUCACUAUAGCUGUGAGCUGUCAGUAUCUGCAGAGGAAGAGACGAUUAAAAGAAAACUAUCAUUUGGUCAAGAGCCCACAGAACAGUUCAGGGGAGACGGUCACUAGUGUCAUCAGUCUGUCUCCAGCUCUUCCCAAGAAGGUGAGAAAGUACAAGAAAAAUAAAAGAGUUGAGCAGCCAGAUGUGCCACCAGAGAUACCGGCUAAAGCCCCUAUUGUAGACAAAAUGCGAAAGCCAAAGCUUUUAAAACCUCAACCCAGAAAAGUGGUUUUGCCCAAAAUUGCAGAGGAGAGCCUGACGUACGCCGAGCUUGAACUGAUGAAGCCACUGCCUGAACCCAAAGCUGCAAAGACAGGAACGGUGUACGCUCAGAUACUCUUUGAGGACAAGCAUGUGUAGCAUUACAUUUAUUUGGUACAAAACAUUAUUUAUAAUAACACAAUGCUGAUUUUUUUUUUUCUGAUGUUUUAUACAUGCAACUUGAGGUGAACUGUAAAUAUUGUAUAUGUAUAUUCAUUUUUUUUUUCUAUGUUUAUGUUUUAUCUGUGAUAAAAGUUUAAUAAUUAGCAAAUCCAAAAUACACAUGCAGGAAAUUAUUGCCAUCUGAAAACUGCAAACUGUAACUAAAAGGCAUACAAAAGCCCUUAAAACUACAAAUAUUACCUAUUUAAAUUUGCUGAAAUUUGGACUCCUAUUUGUUAAUAAACUAAUAAUUUAUACAAGGACAUUUGCACACAGGAAUAUUCUGGGUUCAAUACAAAUUCAUAUGCACAGCUUCUGUGUCCUGCAAUUGAUGUAUUUUUACAUUAAUUAUAUUCAAUACUAUUUUGCUAUGUUAAAGGUUCUGGAGGUCUUCUACAAAAGAUUUACAUGCAUCUACGGUCAUUAAAACACUUGAAUUUUCUCAUAAUAUACAUUGCCUUACGUUGAAUACGGAAGGCAGCUCGUGCGGAAGCUAGAUAUUUUACUUCAUAACUUGUUAAAUAUGGAUCGCUUCACUUCAGAAGGACUUUAUUAACCCCCCGGAGCCGUGUGGAGUGUUUAUGAUGGAUGGAUGUGGAUGGAAGCACUUUCUUCAGCUCAUACUCAUUGGUAUCGCUCACUGCCAUUAUAAAGCUCAGAUGCGUCAUGAUAUUUAUUAAUAUUUCUCUGAUUGUGAAAGUCAUACACACCUAGGAUGGCUUGAGGGUGAGUAAAGCUUGGGAUAAUUUUAAUUUGAAAGUGAACUAAUCCUUUAACCUUGCUGGUUUCAUGCUCAAGUUAUUGAGUUUAAAGGCUUUAUUUAUUAUGGUAUAGAAAUAAUUGAUAUAAACUUGCAAAGUGAUUUUAUCACACUAGAGUUACUCAUGUAAAAGUGUAUCUGCCAAAUGAGAAAAAAGUAAUGUAAAUGUUUUAGGUUUUGAAAAAAAAUUUUUUUUAACGUUUAUUCUGGUGCAUGACUUUCAUUGUACAUUGUACGAAAUGAUUUUCUGAGGGUAAGUUUACACGACAAGGAUGCUAAAAACGGAAAAAUUUUUUCUUUUGCAUUUUUGAAAAGUUUCGCGUACAGACGACAACAUUGUCAAAACGAUCCCCGUUCACACGGAUCCGCGAAAACGAUUAAAAACGCUGUAUUCUGCUGCCAGGCCAGUAGUUGGCGAUGUCACUUUGUAAAGAAACACUACGAGCCUUUAGACUGAACAUGAUGUCACAGUUUUCACAAAUUUGCAUUUUUGUACAGUAGUUUACAUGGAGAUGACAACUGUAUCGCUUUCAAAAAUGUGCACUUUAGAGCCAGUUUUCAAAAGUCUGCAUUUUCAGUCCCCUAAAACGCUGUUGUCGAGUAAAUGAACGACCAAAACGCAUGAAAAGUUUCCUGAUUUUAGUUGAAAACGGUGACCCUUACUGAGUUUUUUUUUGUUGUUUUUUUAGUAUAAAUACUUCAACAUUCUUACAGAAUACAAGAAAAAUCAACUUAAGAAGCUAAAUGAUAUAAGACAGAGCUAUCAAGUCUUGUUUUCUGAAAAAUGUGCUUGAAAAUAAGCUUGAAAACAACAGCAACAACAAAAAAUCUGCCAAUGGGUUAGAAAAAAACUAUUCAAAGGGAAAACUACUUUAUUUUUCUGACCCAAUUGGCAGAUAUUUGUCUUGUUUUAAGCAUAAACUCAAUUAACUGUAUACAUUUUUCAGAAAACAAGACUUAAUAUGUAAUUUUGCUUCUCUUGAUUUAAGAAUGUCUACUGGAAAACAAGACAAUACAAGGUAUUUUUGUUGUUGUUUUUGUUUUUUUGCAGUGUAAGUACAUUACUGUUAAUGUGAUUUCUGUUUGUUUAUUUUCACAAACUAAGGGAAGACCCAGAAUUAUUUCUGUGGUAAUGGAAAGCAGGCCACAGAAGCUCAACUUGCAUUGAACCCGGAAAAUUCCUUUAAAUCUGUCGAAAUGCUCAAGACUGUUUGUUUUUCUUUCUUUUUUUAAUGGAAGAACGUUUUGGAUUUAAUAAUGGAAAAGCUAAUGAAAUAUCAGGGCGUAUCCAUAUCUGAAACAGACAUACAGUCGUCCCCUUCAGUGUCUGUCUCACUCUUUAAGAUUAAAUAAAGACACAAUCUUUCACUCAAAGGGUUUUUGACACUAUCACAGACUUUCAAUGUGUAAGAAAGUUAUCUAACUGUGAAAUGUAAAGGGUCCUACUGAGAUCCCACAGCCUUCACCACUAACAAGAACCAUCUGUGAAUGACGUACAGAGACCCACAUGCAAAAGAUAUACUGUUUUUCUCUUCUGUUAAGUGUACUGUAAAUUAAACGUUUUUAUGUGAAAGAACAUGACUAAA